ACUUCUGAUUAUCAACUCAUCAAAACCUUAAAAGAUAAAACACAGACAAUAAAAUAAACUAAAAUGGGUUCAGACGUCUGAGAAAUACGUGAUAAAUAUAAACAAAACACGAUCGCAGCAUCGUCAAAUGUAAUCACGCAUACAGCGUGAAAAUCUACGCUGAAAUAAUAAUUGAUACGGGGUGCCUCUCGCGUACGUCGUCAUCCACUUAUCUCACUUAUCUUAAGGUGCUUAAGCCUCCCAAAAUUCCCCCAUGACUCUAAAAUUUACGACUUGAGGAGAGAUUUAACGGACGCAGCGUUAUCUGGUUUAUCAGAAGGUAUUGUGAGUCAGUCGCCGUCAGUCGGUUGUUAAACAAUAGCGGGUUGUCGAUCGCUGCGAGUGCCGAGUCCGCCUCCAGCGCUGUCAGACAUCUAUAUUUAUGUCAAUCGUUAACUAAAGCGUGUAUAAACAGCGAGUGCACAUGUUUACAACAUGGCCGAGGUGCCUGUGGAUUUGUGGGCACGUGUAUUCAGAUUCGAUCAAUGAGCUCUAUCACAGUGACGCACGAUGCGCCCGAUAUUUAUGAUCUCAAUAGUUGGAUGAGAGGAGCAAACGAAAACAAAUGAUGUCGUUAGAUGAGUUCGUGAAUUCUCCUGCAUGGCUGGUCAAGGUGUCGGGGGCGCAGCGCGGGCGCGAGCGGCAUGCGGCCCCGACGGCAGACGCCCAUGGAGGUCGGCUAGCGGCGCGCGCGCAGCCCCCGCGCCCGCUCCCCCAGCCCCGCCCCGCCGAAGCCAUGGAACUCGCUGACGUGCCUCGACACCGACCCCUCGCCUUCGAUAAGAUGGAAAGUUUGAUUAAAGAAAUGCAAGAUUCAGAAACGGGUGUACCAGUUAGAAGUCAAAAACUUUUUCUCAGCGUUAUUCCUUCUGCUUUUAUGGGUUAUGAUCUUGUUGAAUGGCUAAUGGAACGAUUUAAUCUUGAUGAAACUAGUAAUGGUGAGUGUAACGUAAACGGCUCCGGGCCGUGGGGACUCACGCGUCGCCGAAACCCAGUAGAACUUAGCUAUAGCGAGAAGUACAAGUUGUAUCCUCAGGUGUUGAUAUUUGAAGCAAUAAAUUUAGCAAAUCAGCUCUGCCAAUAUGGUUACUUCUUUCCUGUCAACGAUUUAAAAAACCUUGUGUUAAAGGAUGAUUCUUCUCUUUAUAGAUUUCAAAGUCCGUACUACUGGCCAUGGCAGGCGCCGCGCGUGGCCGGCGGCUCGAGCGCGCCGACGCUGGGGCCGGACAAUGUGGAGUACGCCAUCUACCUGGUGAAGCGGACGUUACGGAACAAACAACGUCAUGGCCUUGAAGAGUACGAGCAGGAGGCUCUCGCUAACCUCAAGAAGAACCUCGCCGCGAAAUGGGACUUCAUCAAUAUGCAGGCGGAGGAACAGGUUCGCCUAGCAAAGGAAAGAAAGAAAGGCGAUAAGAUAGUGAGCGACAGCCAGGAGCGUGCGUACUGGCGUGUGGCGCGGCCCCCGCCCGGCGUGGCCAGCGCGCUGGAGCCCUGCCCCGUGCCCGUCAGGGCCCGCCAUCACCGCGCCAAGAAACGGACCAUACACCAGCUUACACGAGAGAUUGAACAUCUAAAAGCGAGCCUGGACCGUACGAGAGUGAAGACUUCUAUUGCCCUAGAGGCCCUCGUGGCCUAUUCGGAGACCUUCGCUCCCUACGAUCCCUGGCUUACCCCGCCGCAGCCCUCCAACCCUUGGGUCAGCGACGACACCCUAUUUUGGCAAAUUAACAGCCCUCUUGUGGAGGUGCCGAGUGAGAAGCGUGUCCAGCGGUGGGCAUUGUCCAUCGACGAGUUGGUGUCGGACCCCACGGGGCUGCAGGAGUUCACCAGCUUCCUCCGCAAGGAGUACUCGCACGAGAACAUCCGCUUCUGGCUCGCCGUCAUGGACCUGCGCCGGAGCAGCACCAAGCAGAUACCCAAGAAACUUGAUGAUAUCUUUGAGGAGUUUCUGAAGCCGGGCGCCCCGUGUGAGAUCAACAUCGACGGCGCCACAGCGGAGCGCGUGUCGGAGGGCAUCCGCAGCGGCUCCCGCUACGCGCUGGACCACGCCGCUGACCACGUGUACGGUCUGCUGCUCAAGAAGGACUGCUACCCAAGAUUCGUACGCUCUGACCACUUUCAGAGAUUGCUCACUGAAGGCAGGAAUGUGCAUCAGAAGAAAGCGAAGUUUUUCAACUUCGGAGGUCAAGUGAAGAAGAAGCCGGGCUCGACGAGCGGCGGCGGCGUGGCGCUGUCCCGGCGGCGCGGCUCCGACCGCUCGCUGUCCGGCUCCGCGCACGAGCUGGCCGUCUGCGCCGCGCAGCCGCCGCGCGGGCAGGACCAACCCUCGCACAGCCACUCGCAGUCCAACCUCGCCGAUAUACCGUUUAGAGAUCCUCUCGAUGACGACACUGCCGACGUGUUACCGUGGGAAUGUUCGUCACGCGAGGGCGCCUACGGCUCGUCGAGCAGGAGGCGGCAGGACUCGGCCGCGGACUCAGGCAGCUCAUCGUCGGACGUGAGCGCGGCCGUGUGCGCGGGCGAGCGCACGCGGCGCCUGCCGCAGCAGAGCACGCUGGACGGCGGGCUGCGGGGCGCGCCCCCGCCGCUGCGCCGCCUGUCCGCCGUGGAGCCGCGCCACCUGGCGCCGCUGGGCUCGCCGCCGCACUCGCCGCGCCCCCCGCGCGCCGCGCCCGCGCCCCCGCGCGCUCCCGCGCCCCCGCCGCACCCCACGCCCACCAUCAGCGUUAGCUCCGCGCCCGACGACGAGUCUGCUGACUCGCCGCCUGGCACCGGCUCACCGGACGAGCCGCGCUCCAUAGCGCACUCCGACGAACCAUCAUCGGUGUUCGCGUCCGCAGACGCUACGCCUACGGAGCCGAUGCGGCCGGUAUUUAAGAUCGGGGAAGAGAAGCCCGCGUCAGUCAGCGAGGCGGCCGCGGCAUCGCCCAGCCCGGGCGCAGACGGCUCGCGCGCAGACCCGCCGCUAGAGAGCACCAGUGUCCGCUGUGUGCCGGAGUCAGUGGUGGCCAUGCCGUCGUUCGAGUCGUACGACGACUCUUCCGUCUCAGGCGCCGUGUCCGACUCGAGAGAUUCCGACCGGACAAAGUCGUCUGAAGAUGAUGUAGUUUCAGUAAAGGACGUGCAGUCUCGCAAAUCGUCAACGAUAAAAGAAAACAGUCCGGCCUCAAGUAAAGAUGUGAGUAGCAAAGUCGAAGAUCUUCCGGGCAACGCGUCAGAGAGUGACGAUGCCGCUACCAGCUCCAUCCACGUGGAGGACGUGUCGAGUGUGAAGGAAGUCGAGCUGAACGAGGCCCCCGCGAGUGCGCCGCGCGCGCUGGCCGCCUGCGCGGAGGCGAGCGGCCCGAGCGCGGGGGCGCCGGGCGGGGAGCCGGCCAGCGCGGCAGAGGGCGCCGCGCGCCCGCCGGUGGCGCCUCUGGCGGUGUGCGAGGACAUCGGCGUCGACGACGACUCGGUAGACAAAGUGCCUUGCGCGACACUACAGAGGCUCGCGGCGGACUGCAGGCCGGCGCCCGACACGGACGCCAACAAAAAUAUUGCUCAUAAAGACGAACUGACGUCAGUCUCUGAGACUAAUAUUGUUAAGCGUGAUAAUAAAAGCGGCAUCGGUGAUCGUAAGCAGCGGAACGACAUAUGUCCAUGGGAGGACGAGAAUUCCUGCGAAAGUGAUGCUCCAUUUGUUAAAACUUAUGCAACGCUCGGUUAUUUAUAAUUUUUGUAGGCGAAUAUCAUCAAUAUUUUAUGAUGUCAGGGUUAUAGA